UUUCCCUCGGCCCUCGGCCGUUUACCUUCGCCAUGGCUAAAAGCUCAACGUCGGCAGCAGAGGAGCGCGUACCCGAGGAUUCCGAGAUCACCACGUCGAGAAGCAUCACGGUCACGGAGAGCACCGCGACGCUCAGUCUGGAGGUGACAGAUUACCCGAAACUCAAGGGCAUGGGCGUCGGGCAGUUCAUCAAAUCGCGCGUCUUCAAAGUCGGUGGGAACGAUUGGGAGAUGAGGUUCUAGUUCUACCCGGAUGGCUGCAACAACGAAUGUGAUGACAACGCCUCAGUGCUUGUGUACUAUCUCAACGCGCGCAAGGAGGAGCUUGUGAGCACCAGGUGGGCACUUAGCAUGCUGGAGAAAAAGAGCCAGGUAGACGUGGUCAGCCCCCUUGUGGGGAAGUGCGUCUUCACUCGGAGGAAACUCUCCAACUGGGGCUAUCCCGAAUUCGUGAAGAAGGCCAAGCUAGACUCCCUGUCGGAACUCGGGGACGGCUGCUUCACGAUACUCUGUGUCUUCACCGUCAUCAUCGACGAGUCACCGGCGAUGGAACUGCCCCGCGACCUGGAGGGCAUGCGCAGGGACGGGAGAGAAACGGACGUCACGUUCCGUGUGGACGGCCAGGAGUUUCGCGCGCACAGGCCCCUCUUGGCCGCGCGAUCGGCCGUCUUCGAGGCGCAGCUAUUUGGCCCCAUGGCGGACAAGGAUAUGCAGUGCGUCAAGGUCGUCGACAUGGAGCCUGCCAUCUUUGACAUGAUACUUCACUACAUCUACACGGAUUGGAGUCCUAUAUGUGAUGAUGAAGAAGGCUACAGUACGGCAGUGAUGCAACAUUUACUGGUUGCGUCGGAUAGGUACGGGUUGGGCAGGCUGAAGUCGAUGUGCGAAGAAGAGUUGUGCAAAAGAAUCAACGCGGAGACCAUUGCAACCACAUCGGCGUUGGCGGAUCAGCACCACUGCGAGCUGCUCAAGGAUGCAUGCGAGAAGUUUGAAUCAUCCCAAUUUACAAAAGUUUUGUCGGUGACCACGGCGACCGACUGACGGGUUUAAGCACCUCCCAUUGGCUUUGCAAGAGAAACCCGGGAACAAAAGGAAGCCUUUGAGAAGAAGAAAUUGAACGAAGUUGGAAAUUUUGAAUUAUCCGUAGAAAAAAACAAUGUAAAUUGGUUUUUGAAUAAAUAACCUUAGCCAAGUGCCUAGUUGUGUGGGUAAGGUUUUUGUUUUUAAGUCGAAAACCUUUGGGGGUUUAGGUAUUGCCAAAUUAAAGCUCACAGCUUCUGGCUUCUUAUAAAUUUGCAUACAUACAUACUGCCGCAAUCGUCUAAU